UGAGGGAGCCCGGAGCCAGACUGGAACAGGACCGGGACGAUGCUGGCGAGCGGCUGCCUGCACCUCCGGGCGCGCCUCGGCCACCUGCGCAGGGGGCUCCGGGGCCCCGCCCUGACCGGCCGCCGGAGCGUGACCUCCUGCAUCGAUCCUUCCAUGGGACUGAAUGAAGAGCAGAAAGAAUUCCAGAAAGUGGCCUUUGACUUUGCUGCUCGGGAGAUGGCUCCAAAUAUGGCCGAGUGGGACCAGAAGGAGCUGUUCCCAGUGGACAUGAUGCGCAAGGCGGCCCUGCUGGGCUUUGGCGGGAUCUAUGUGCGCACAGAUGUGGGUGGGUCUGGACUGUCCCUGCUCGAUACCUCCGUCAUCUUUGAAGCCUUGGCUACAGGCUGCACCAGCACCACAGCCUAUAUAAGCAUCCACAACAUGUGUGUCUGGAUGAUUGAUAGCUUUGGAAAUGAGGAACAGAGGCACACAUUUUGCCCACCGCUCUGUACCAUGGAGAAGUUUGCUUCCUACUGCCUCACUGAACCAGGAAGCGGGAGUGAUGCUGCAUCUCUGUUGACCUCGGCUAAACGACAAGGAGAUCAUUAUAUCCUCAAUGGCUCCAAGGCCUUCAUCAGUGGUGGCGGUGAGUCAGACAUCUAUGUGGUCAUGUGCCGAACAGGAGGACCGGGCCCCAAAGGUAUCUCCUGCGUAGUUGUUGAGAAGGGGACUCCUGGUCUCAGUUUUGGCAAGAAGGUGAAAAAGGUGGGGUGGAACUCCCAGCCAACCCGAGCUGUGAUCUUUGAAGAUUGUGCUGUCCCUGUGGCCAACAGAAUUGGGAACGAGGGUCAGGGCUUCCUCAUUGCCAUGAAAGGACUGAAUGGAGGGAGGAUCAACAUUGCUUCCUGCUCCCUGGGGGCUGCUCAUGCGUCAGUCAUCCUCACCCGAGACCACCUCAAUGUCCGGAAGCAGUUUGGGGAGCCCCUGGCCAGUAACCAGUACCUGCAUUUCAAACUGGCUGAUAUGGCAACAAGGCUGGUGGCCUUGAGACUGAUGAUCCGCAAUGCGGCAGUGGCCCUGCAGGAGGAGCGGGAAGAUGCAGUGGCCCUGUGCUCCAUGGCCAAGCUGUUCACUACGGAUGAAUGCUUUGCUAUCUGCAACCAGGCUUUACAGAUGCAUGGAGGCUAUGGCUACCUGAAGGAUUAUGCUGUUCAGCAGUAUGUGCGAGACUCCCGGGUCCACCAAAUUCUUGAAGGAAGCAAUGAAGUGAUGAGGAUGUUGAUCUCACGCAGCCUGAUGCAGGAGUAGCACCCGCGCGUGCGUUCUCGAGUGGCCUUCACUGUGUCUGCUGUCCGUGUUCAGGGCUGCCAUGUGGGCCUUUCUGUUCCAGAUGAAUCAUGGAUUAGACUGGAGGGCUCAGCGCUUCCAGUGUAGGACAUGCUCUCUGUGUGGGUGCAGCAGAGUCCUCAGUGGAACUGGAGGAACUGCCCUGAUGAGAAGUGUCACAGGAAAAUAAACUGCCUUGUUUUACCAAUGCCAGGAAGGUGACAGGUGAAGAUUCACCAUCGAACCAAAGUCCUUUCUUGGAUCCACAUUGUCUGCAUUUUGCUGGGUCCCUGGAUCCUUCUUCUAGGAGCCUGGGAACUUGCAUGGAAGCUUUUCUGAUUAUACAGCAGAGGCGUCCUGGGGAAAAUGGAGGGAGAAUGUUCUCUUGUCUGCUUCUGUUCUCUGUUGCACAGCUGAGCAUGCAAAGGGUUUCUCUGGACAGCACUCCUCCAAACGUAAAUCAUGAUAAAAUGAGUCUUUGGGAAACUGCUCCUGAGCUGUGAUUUGGGGUUUCUUUCCACUUCUGGACUACUUGAGUAUCAAGGGCUGAGAUUAUUUGGAAUUUUGAAUAUUUGUGGUGUUUCUUUUUUAGAAGCCUGUAGUCUAAGAUUGGGAUUCAGGUUUUGAAUGGGUUAUUCAGUCUAACCCAUCCUGAUAAGUACUUUCCGAGUGUUUGUUUCCUUUUAUAAAUUUGCUCCUUCCUCUUUUAAAAUAUUUUUAAUCACUACGUUGACAAAUAAAAUCUACCCCUUUCUGUAUUGUCU